AUGUUCCAGCGAAAAUUGCGGGCGCUGAAUUACUGUUUAGCCGAUGAUUUCAACUACACAGACGAGUCGCAUUUCCGAAGUUUCAUCUUAUGGUUAGAGGACCAGAAAAUUCGACUGUACAAAAUCGAAGACCGCAAGCCAUUGCGGGAGAUCGACAGCGAAAAAUGGAACAACGCCUUCUGCAAGUAUUUGGCUGAUCUGAAAUGCCCGUACGCGCCGGACACACAAAGGCCAGAGCUCAUUGACUGGUUACUGGGCGCAGCGGUUCGUUAUGAAUAUCUCGAUCACGCUGUGGAAUACGGCAAAGUUCAGCCCACAAUGCCUGCGAGCAAAUCGGCAUCGAAGACUAGUUCCAACCCUUUGGACAAACUCGACUUUAACGAUCCGGAAUUUGUUAAAGGCGUUAACACCUUAGCUGCUCUAAUUGGAAUUAAUUGUCACUCGGAUCAUUUGGUUACUUUGCAGGCUGAUAAUGUAAACCUCGAUGACUUCGAGUUGGGAUUGGAUACCGGAGACAAAGUUCUUAACCAAGCAUGUAGAGUCUUAAGACUUCUACAUGUAAGUGAAGUCAGGCACCUACAGACUAAAAUUAAUGAAGCUAUCGUCGCUGCUCAAGAGAUCACGGCUGAUCCGAAAACAGACGAAAGAUUAGGAAAAGUUGGAUUUUGA